GGGUUAUCGAUUGCUUAUGUCUGCCAGUUAGUCAGAGCAGGAAGCCUCGGUGGUGUGCACGGCUAAAGCUAACAUUCAUUGAAUGAACGUGUUCAAAAAUGAACGGAGCGGACUUCCGAGGAAUUUCAGUUCAUAAUUUUUCUGAGAAAAUCCUGGAGCAGGUCGUCCACUUCCAUGUCAUGAAGUUGGACGGCGGGUUCUUCCUCUGGGUCGGUUCGGCUCCGGUUCUGUCCAACUUAGCGGUCUCUCUGAACAGCAAAUACGAUUCAAUGCCGUUAUCUACGCUGGUGAUGGGGGACCCGUCUGAGACCACUGCGAGUUCUUUAGCACAGAGAUUAGCAAAGAGGACGGAGAAGCAGGUCUUUGUGAGCUACAGUCUUCCCAUGAGCGACUCCAGCCUCAGUCUGUUGGUAGAAGGCCGAAUCAAAAAGGAGCUGGAGCUUCACCCGGAGCACUUUUAAACAACAUAACAACAGCACACAGAAAGGUGAAGACCCACCCAACCGCUCUCCCUCAUCAAACAAGCAUCAAGUUACCAGGACAACCAAUCACAGCCAGUUUGUUUGCUUUUUUUAUUAGCAUAAUAAAUUAGGAGGUUUAUCAAAACUGGUAGGCCUAUGGCUUUUUGUACAAAUGCAUCUUAUUAAAAAAUAACACUUAAAAAA